AGAGACAGUGAGAGCAACGAAUACAGCAGACCUUGUCGAUAUGAGAACGAAGAUACCACACCGACAAGUGAUCGUGAGCUGAAGGGUUGGUACUCUUAUGGUCUGGCUGCCGAGAUCUUCGCUGUGGCUGGUGUUGGCUCGUUUCUUCCAGUAACCCUAGAGCAGCUUGCGAAAGAGCGAGGUGUCUUGCGAUCUGAUCAUGUCACUCCCUGCGUGAAACCAAAGUCCGCUGCGGCUGAAACCGCACAUCUACUCUUGCGAGCUGCUAGCCGUGCUACCAACGACAAGAAUGAGAGCCAAUGUGUGGUCCAGCCCUUUGGAAAAGACAUUUCGACGGCCUCGUUCGCUAUGUAUACCUUCUCAAUUGCUGUCUUGGUGCAAGCGAUUGUACUCAUAUCCUUCAGUUCGGUCGCCGAUCAUGCAUUUGGAUGCAUCGGAUCUGUCUCGAGCAUGCUAUUCAUCGUCGUUUCUCCAGGCAUAUAUCUUUUGGCGCCUAUCUUGGUCAUCCUAGGAGUUGCAUCUCUUGGCUCCUCGUUUGUGUUACUGAAUUCCUUCCUUCCGCUGCUGGCUAGUAACCAUCCUUCAGUCAUCUCUGCAGAGGAACAGACAGGCUCUCUUUCAGCAAGUGUUGAUAUGGUUGAGCCUGAUGGAACCUACUCACCAGCGCCUGACGGACAGCAAUCUGACAAGCAGACUUCUCCAGCGUUGGCUCUUUCCAACAAAAUCUCGGCCAAAGGUGUUGGGCUCGGCUACAUCGCUGCAGUGCUUGUACAAAUUUGUAGCAUCGGGUUGCUGUUUGGUCUGGGCAAGGUCAACUUCUCAUCACAGUCAAUUCCUCUUAGAAUAAUUUUGCUUUUCGUUGGUGUGUGCUGGGCUGUCGGUUCCAUCCCGGGUGCUCUGUGGCUUCGCGAUCGCCCUGGACCUCCGCUCAAGAGUCUCGCUACUCGACAUGGCAGGCUAGGUCAAAUCCUCGCGUACUUCGUUUUUGCUUGGUCAUCAGUAUGGCAAACGGUCAAGCAAGCAGUCAAGCUACGUCAGACUGUCAUCUUUUUGAUCGCAUGGUUCUUACUCUCAGACUCUAUCGCUACUGUGUCAGGUACGGCCAUCCUCUUCGCCAGGACUGAGCUCAAGAUGAGCACUGUACAAAUCGCCAUUCUGUCAAUUACAGCUACAUCCUCUGGUAUUGCUGGAGCUUUCACAUGGCCAAUUAUUUCGCGCCGUUUCCGAUUGCACACACAGCAGACAAUUAUAGGAUGUGUACUGCUGAUGGAAAUCAUUCCGAUCUACGGCCUCAUCGGCUACCUUCCCUUCGUCCAGUCAUGGGGCGUCGGAGGUUUGCAACAAGCCUGGGAGAUAUAUCCUUUAGGAGUUGUGCAUGGCUUCGUUAUGGGCGGUCUUUCCUCAUACUGUCGAUCCUUCUACGGUCUCAUCAUUCCGCAAGGCAGUGAAGCGGCUUUCUAUGCUCUAUACGCUGUCACCGACAAAGGUAGUUCGGCCAUUGGACCAGCUAUUGUGGGCUGGAUUGUCGAUGUUGCUGGCACAAUCCGACCUGCAUUCGCAUUCUUGGCUGUGUUGAUUGCGCUGCCAAUCCCUCUUAUCUACAUGAUUGAUACUGAGAAGGGCCGGGCUGAUGCUUUAGCUAUGGCAGGUCUGAGAAACAAGCCUAUGUGUUAUGAUAAUGAUGCUAGAGAGCUUGGCGGCGAUGAAGAGGAUGCCGAGCCAUUCCUGGCUCAGCAUGAACGCAAUGACUAG